GCUGUAUAAGCGGGGAGUUAGUGCGAGGUAGUGUGCGACGGGUAACGUCGGUCGGUAUCAGGUUUGACGCAAUCACCAGUAUGUAAAAACUUCACGCAAAUUUGUGCACAAUGGACGCAGCGCAAUUGACGAGAGCUAGUCAUCUGCGGUGCGCUUUCCAAGGAAAGCCUGAAACAAGUGUUGCUGAAGUUCAAAGAGGAGGCAGGUCAGCCGAACAGCGAGCUCAUUUCACGAAAGGUUGCUCUUCUCCCGCUGGACAACAGAAAGCAAUCCAAUUAUGUAGCAGGCGGAUUUCUUGUCAGCAGAAUUCGAGUUGUCACAAAAGCUGGACUCCCCAGCGGCCAACAUGCGAGAGGGCCCGGUUUCGAAAUGCAGCUACCGCUUCCUCAGCAGAAACUCUUGACAGCAACUUACUUGAUAUCAAAAAGGAACUGUUGUCCGCAGUAGAGGGACUGGAGCGGGGCACAAAGAAUGCUCAGAUGCCAGAGAAGACAGCCAAGGUCCUGCAGAUUCUGCGGAACAUAGAUGCGAAAUCCUGCUGUCCGGAGAUCUCGGCAGAAAGUCUAACUGCUGAUUGGAAGUUGCUAUGGACGACCGAGAAGGAGACUCUGUUCAUACUGCAACGGGCUGGUGUGUUUGGCACUACAGCCGGUGAUGUGUGGCAGGUGAUCAAUGCCAAAGAACAGACGUUGAACAACAUCAUCGAGUUUCCUCCAAGCGGCCGGUUCGCGGUUGCGGCAAGCAUUCAACCGGCCACUAAUGGAAACUACAACACCGUCAACUUCAAAUUUGAGUCGGCCGAACUUGUGACUCCAAAAUGGGCCAUCCCGGUCCCUCCCUUUGGCCAAGGAUGGUUCCAAACCGUGUAUAUAGACAACGAGAUACGCAUUGCAAAGGACAGCCGAAAGGACUGGUUGAUAGUAGAGCGAUCAACAAGAUGUCCAUAAUUGGCUCUUGAGGUUUUCCUUGGAAACUUGAAACGUACUCCGGUUCGAAUAAAGUUUUAAGCCUGCUAAUCAUGCAUUCGAGAGGCGCCCAAACGCAUGCAAAAUAGGGCCCUCUUGCAAUAGCAUCCUUUGAUUCUGAACAGCUGACAUGAGCAGCAUUCAUCAGCUUGGUGUCUUGCCAUGAUGGCGAGAGGCACGUGUGCUUAUAUCGCAGCGGCCUAGGGUCAACGCUGCCUGCC